AUGCACCAUCCACAUCCUCCACCUCAAAGGUACCAUCAGUUGGGAGACCUCAUCAUUGGUGCCGUUGUUUCACAUGGUACUUUCAUAUCCAAGCCCAUCACCUUGACUGAAAUGCCACCACCGCCAUUGCCUGAAGACCUUGUGAUACUGCCUAAGAAUUACCAACACGUUCUUGCCUUGGCAUUUGCAGUAAAAGAAAUCAAUGAAAAUCCUCAAUUCUUAUGCAAUCUUACCUUGGGCUUUGACAUUUAUGAUAGCUAUGAUGAUGCCGGGAGGACAUAUCAAGCCACAAUGCUGCUUCUAUCGGGAAAAGAAAGACUGAUUCCCAACUAUCUGUGUGACAUCCAAAAUAACCUGAUAGGUGUCAUUGGGGGACUAGAAUCCCAGAUAUCCAUGCAUAUUGCAACGGUCUUGGAUAUCUAUAAGGUUCCACAGCUCAUAUAUGGUGCUGCAACAGUGAUGAAUAUUAAAACUCCAAGCCUCUCCUUCUACCAGAUGGUCCCUCAGGAAGAACUUCAGUACAGAGGGAUUCUAGCUUUGCUACAGCAUUUCAGCUGGAUAUGGAUUGGGCUUCUUGUUAUGGACAAUGACAAUGGAGAAAGAUUUAUACAAAGUGUAGUUCCGCUGUUUUCUAAGAAUGGUGUGUGCUUUGCUUUCAUAGAAAGAAUAACCAAAUGUAAUACUGACAAUAAUACUGUGGGGGGUAUUGAACAGGCAUCAAAAUUAAAAGCUAAAACAAUGAGCAGCAAGGCCAAUGUAAUUGUGCUCUAUGGAGAAUCUUAUUCUAUGGUGAUUUUGAGAUUCUUGCCAUAUUUGUCAGAAAUAGAAGAUGGGACAAGUAAACUAAAAGGUAAAGUCUGGAUAAUGACAGCCCAGGUGGAGCUCACAUCACUAGCCUUUCAAAGUACCUGGGAUACAGACAUAAUCCAUGGAGCUUUGUCUUUCAUGCUUCACUCCAAUCAUCUACCAGGAUUCACUUCAUUUGUUGAGCUCCGAAAUCCCUUAGACCCAAAGGAAGAUGGCUUUCUGAGGGAUUUUUGGCAGCAGACUUUUGAAUGCAUAUUCCCAAAUAGUGGAGACAAAGACUAUGGAAAUAUUUGUACAGGAGAAGAGAAGCUAGACAGCAUCCAUGGUGCUGUUUUCGAAACAAGGAUGACUGGCCAUAGCUAUAGUGUUUACAAUGCCGUUUAUGCUUUGGCCCAUGCUGUACGUUCCAUGUCCUCAAUCAGACUGAAACAUCGAACAAAGGCAGAUAUCAAAAGAGAGAAGCCUUGGAAUCAACAACUUUGGCAGCUCCAUCACUUGUUGAAAGGUGUCUCAUUUAACAACAGUGUCGGGGAUGAGGUUUUCUUUAACCAUAAUGGGGAGUUAGUAGCUGGACUGGAUGUGAUUAACUGGAUUGUUUCCACAAAUCAAUCUUUUCAUCGUAUCAAAGUUGGAAGUGUGGAUCCCCAAGCUCCUUCAGACAAAAUAUUCACUCUUGAUGAGAGUGUCAUAACAUGGAACAGGUGGUUUAAUCAGGCACAACCUCUUUCUGUCUGUACUGAGAGUUGCCUUCCUGGUUCUAGCAAGCAAGUGAAGAAGGGGAAACCAUUUUGCUGCUACGAUUGUGUCCCGUGUCCAGAAGGGAAGAUUUCAAGCCAGAAAGAUGUGAAUGACUGUAAGAAGUGCUCAGAAAGAGAGUAUCCAAACAAGAAUCGGGAUUUCUGUAUUUCCAAGGCCAUAACCUUCUUGUCUUUUGAAGACCCAAUGGGUUUCAGUUUAACCUGUUUAGCUCUUUUCUUUUCUGCGAUCACAGCCCUGGUGCUACAAACAUUUCUGAAACAUCACAACACUCCUAUUGUCAAAGCCAACAACAGAGGCCUUACCUACACUCUCCUUGUCUCUCUUCUCCUUUCCUUCCUUUGUGCCUUGCUGUUCAUUGGCCGACCUCAGAAAGUGACAUGUCUUCUUAGGCAAACUGCUUUCAGCAUCAUCUUCUCUGUGGCUGUUUCUUGUGUGCUGGCAAAGACCAUCACUGUGGUCCUGGCUUUCAUGGCCACCAAACCAGGAUCCAGGAUGAGGAAGUGGGUUGGGAAAAGAGUUGCUAAUUCCAUUGUUACUUCCUGCUUCUUAACCCAAGGAGUAUUCUGUACUAUGUGGCUGGCAAGUUCCCCACCUUUCCCAGACAUUGACAUGCACUCAGUCACUGAAGAAAUUGUGAUAGGAUGUAAUGAGGGAUCUGUGAUCAUGUUCUAUUGUGUCCUGGCUUACAUGGGAUUUCUGGCCAUAGUCAGUUUCACAGUGGCCUUUCUAGCCAGGAAGCUACCUGACAGUUUCAACGAAGCCAAAUUUAUUACUUUCAGCAUGUUGGUUUUUUGUAGUGUUUGGUUAUCCUUCAUUCCAACAUAUCAAAGCACCAAGGGAAAAUACAUGGUCAUGGUAGAGAUCUUUUCUAUCAUAGCUUCCAGUGCUGGGCUGCUGGGCUGUAUCUUUUUCCCCAAAUGUUUUAUCAUUAUCUUGAAGCCAGAGUGGAAUAACAGGGAACAGCUAAUCAGAAGACUGAAGCAUUAA